AUGCCCCUCCAGCCAAGUCCUGGCGCGCUCCCAGACACGGGACGCGACUACUGGUCUCGACCCGCCCCUCGACCCAUGCCCAACCCGUUUGCUGACCAGCGCGACGCACCACUGCGGUACCACAGAGCUGGGGCAUCGUACACCCUCGGCGAUGGAUAUCACACCGGCCCCGGGUUGCCAACAGCCAGCAGGCGUAACAGAUCACAGAGUCUGAGCCCCCGCAACCGUGUCGAAACCUGGGUAGAGGGAUACAAAUCUGCCGCACCUUCCACUACGUCCACGACAUCCGCAGCAACGUCCACUGGCAGCUACUCAAACUUGUCCGGCACCACGUCGGCAGUCAGCAGCAUGUAUACCGGACCCCAGACCCCGGCCUUCUUCCCAUCACCACUCGACAGGCGCAUGUCAUACGACUCACAGUCGCCCAUCUUCCCAACCUCACUUGACAGGCGCAUGUCGUACGAGUCCCAGCUGUCGUCCAUCCUCCCACCACCAUUCGACAGGCGCAUGUCGUAUGAAUCCUCGUCCAUCCUCCCGCCACCACUCGAAGAGCGGCGGUCGUUCGAAUCCCAGCCAUCAGCCAAGGACGAUGCGUAUCGCGAGGCGGGCACGUUUUCCGAUACUCCGCUUCGCUCGCUGCACGACUAUCACUUUGUCGCCGAGUGA